GUUGUGCGAGCGGAAGGCAGCAACAGAAGGUACUUUGUGCUUCGUCCUUCGAAAAAAAACCAAAAAACAAAUCAGAGAACCGCUUUGACGAGUCGCAAAACGACGACUGAUGGCAGGCCGGCUAGUCAGUUUGCUCUUCUUCGUUCUUCUUGUAUAUCUGGCACGAUUGCUGCAACGUAACCGCGAGGCGCUGAAGGCUGCGUCGUAAUUCAAUUCCCGCGGCACAUCUCGACAAGUUCUUCGCACGGGAACUCCGAACGACCAAAACCGCCAAGAUGAUGAAGGUUAAGCAGCAGCAAGGCCUCGUGGCCGAUCUCAUGCCCAACAUAAGGAUCAUGAAGAUCUUCGGCCACUUUGUAUUCAAUUAUUACGACGACAGUUCGUCCAAGUACUUGCAUAAAGUGUACUGCUGCGUGAACUUGUUUUUGUUGCUUCUGCAAUUCGGUCUGUGCGGCGUGAAUCUGAUAAUCGAAAGCGCCGAUGUCGACGAUCUCACGGCCAACACGAUCACGAUGCUCUUCUUCACGCACAGCAUCGUCAAGGUCGUUUACUUCGCCAUCAGGAGCAAGUACUUCUACAGAACCUGGGCGAUAUGGAACAAUCCGAAUUCACAUCCGCUCUUUGCCGAGAGCAACGCCAGAUAUCACGCGAUCGCCAUCAAGAAGAUGAGGCUGUUGCUGUUUCUGGUCGGUGCCACCACCGUUCUAACCGCGGUCGCCUGGACCGUUCUCACUUUCUUCGAGGAACCGGUCAGGAAGAUAGUCGACCCGGUCACGAACGAGACCACAAUUAUCGAGCUGCCUAAACUGCUGAUCCGUUCGUUCUAUCCGUUUGACGCCAGCAAGGGAGUUAUGCACGUGAUAGCGCUAAUAUACCAAUUCUACUGGGUCCUCUUCAUGUUGAUUAACGCCAAUUCCCUCGACGUGCUCUUCUGCUCGUGGCUUCUGUUUGCCUGCGAGCAGCUUCAACAUCUCAAGCAAAUUAUGAAACCUCUCAUGGAGCUGAGCGCGACUCUGGACACGGUGGUACCGAACAGCAGCGAACUGUUUAAGGCUGGUAGCGCGGAUCAUCUUCGCGAAUCGGAGAACACUCAGAUCCCGCCGCCGCCGCCUCAGGGCGAGAGCAUGCUGGAUCUGGAUCUUCGCAACGUGUACAGCAAUCGGCAGGACUUCACGGCGACCUUCCGGCCGACCGCCGGCAUGACUUUCAACGGCGGCGUGGGCCCGAACGGAUUGACGAAGAAGCAAGAAAUGCUGGUCAGGAGCGCCAUCAAGUACUGGGUCGAGAGACACAAACACAUUGUCAGAUUGGUCACCGCCGUGGGAGACGCUUACGGAUUCGCGCUUUUGCUUCAUAUGCUGACAACGACCAUCACUUUGACCCUGCUCGCUUAUCAAGCGACAAAGGUGAACGGUAUAAACGUUUACGCGGCCUCUACGAUCGGCUACAUCCUCUACACGUUCGGCCAGGUCUUUUUGUUCUGCAUAUUUGGAAAUCGUCUGAUAGAAGAGAGCACGUCGGUGAUGGAGGCGGCUUAUUCCUGUCACUGGUACGACGGAUCGGAGGAGGCCAAGACCUUUGUUCAGAUUGUGUGCCAGCAGUGUCAGAAAGCAAUGUCAAUAUCGGGGGCGAAAUUCUUUACGGUCUCUUUGGAUCUGUUCGCUUCGGUACUGGGAGCGGUGGUCACUUACUUCAUGGUGUUGGUGCAACUGAAGUGAACCAUUCAAUUGUACGCGUUUCAAAGGCGAACGCCGUCUCGCAUAUAUAUAUAUAUAUAUAUUGCACACGGUGCAAAAGUAUAUUUUUUAAAAUAACAUUUACGAGGGAACCAACGCAGAAACAUUCGACUCGAAAUCCUCGGUAAAAAAAAAAAAAAAAAAAAAAGUUCUCGUGGACGCGUAGAAAAAUAUAUAUCGAGAAUCGUGAAACGCGCAAACGUACGGAAAGAUCGCAAGAGAGAUUGUGUAUCAAAAUUUUAUGAGAAUUAAAAUAUACAGUACGAGAUAAAAAACAAAUUAAUCGAAGUUGUGUGUAAACGAAAAAAAAAAAACAUUAAUUGAAUUAUUAUCGAUGGGAUGAAAAAAGUAAAACUACGUUUCCAUACGUCGAAACGUUAACUUUUCAACGCUUUAAUAUUUCUAUUUUUUUUUUUUUCACACCUAUUGCGCAUAUAUUAGUAGCACAGAGUCAAAGAAACAAUUACAAUUUAUAUAAAAGCACUCGUCGCGCGCGAUUUAUUUCUUUCACGUUAUAUUAGUUGCGACGUAUAUAAAGUCGCUAUACUCGCGGGGAAGACAUACGCUGAUAUUCAUUUUGCUUGUACACGUGUUCUGAUGUAUGACGAUCGAUAUUUAAAUUAACAAACACAUUAUUCUCAAGUCCAAUCAAGUCGUUCGCUACUUUAUUACAGGAUCUCGAACGUGUUCUUACAUUUUUCAAACUUUCGCGUCGCGAACGACGAAAAACAAACAAAACGUGUGUGUAUCAAUUAACGUUCGGGAGAGAAAAUGUAACGUGUGUAAAUAAGGUAAUUAUAUAUUUUUUAGUAGAACAGAGUGUGUGUAACGCGGCGCUGGAACUAUUAUAUAAUAAUUUAUUUAAAUUACACGAGACGAUAGAGCACGCUUUAUCGUUGUCACACAAUCAACAAUGGUUACAUGUAUUUUUGUAAACGCGUUUUGAACACGCACGGCGAUCUUUUAAAAAAUUUCAAUUCACAUUUCUCUCAAUUAAACAAUGAAUUUACAUUAUUGUUGUUAGACGCGCUACCGGCUUUUUAUUUCACGGAUGUUUACAGCUUGUUAGAUAAUUUACAUUAAUUUUUCACUUUCCUUCUUCUUUUUCUCUAAGUGUCUGUUAUUAAGUAAAACUUCAUACUGUAUUGUGGCACAGAUAGCACACACACACACACACAUAUAUAAUACCGAUCUAAUAGCGUUAUCUGACCCUCCGGUAGAGAUGAAACUACACACACACACACACACACAUCCAAGGAAAAGAGACACUUAACUUCUUAUCUUAUUCCUGUCUCACGCACCAACCGAAGAAUUCGAGUAACGAAGUUUGUCCGUCACCGAUUAGGAAUUGAUAAGAUAAAUAGCUUCAAAUCCGUCCUGAUAGAGAGAGAGAAAAAUAGAUAUCUAGUCUCGUUGUUUCUCGUUGAGAAAAGAAACACGAUCGAUACGUGGUGUGCGUCAAUUAUUAUAUAUACGAUUACCUAAUUAUACAAUUUAUCGAACAAUUAGACUUGAAUAAAUAUAAGGUGUGAAACGUAUAUAUAUAUAUUUUCGUUACACGUAACCACACGUUGUUUGAUGAAACAAGCGUGUACUAACUGAUGUAUACCUCGUUUUAUAUAUAUAUAUAU